AUGCUCAAUUCAGACCAGACCGAGAUCGACCUCCAACCCACCCAUUCGGAGACGGAGUCGGUCUUCAGUGACUGUGGGGGUGGUCGGGGUGGACCUGUAGAAGACCCCGGGUCCCUCAGUCUGUGUGGCCAGUCCCGGGCCGAGUCCAGCGAUCACAUGAAGAAGGACCUUCAGCACCUCAGCCGCGAGGAACGGCGGCGGCGGCGGCGAGCCACGGCUAAGUAUCGGACGGCCCACGCCACGCGGGAGAGGAUCCGCGUUGAGGCCUUCACAUGGCCUUUGCUGAGGCGGAAACUCCUGCCCACUCUCCCUCCGGAUAAGAAGCUGUCCAAAAUUGAGAUUUUGAGGCUGGCCAUCUGCUACAUCUCGUAUCUAAACCACGUCCUGGAUGUCUGA